UGUCUGCUUUAAUACCCAGACGGCCCUUUUCCCCGUCGCCUUACACCAAGGGUAGGGGGUGUGCAGAGGCAGACAUUAAACACAGCUUAAAACUUUCUUAAGUGAAAGUUCAUACUUACAAUUUCAUACACUCACGCGCUUAUUCAAAAGCCUGUUAAGGUUUCUUUUUCAUCACAUUAAAGGCAACAUAACUUCAACUAAAGAUGAUCGACACAGUGACAGGAGCUGGAGCACUGCCUUUUGCAGUUCAGCUGAAGGCCAUGACGGAUCUAGAGGGCCGAUACCAACCAAAGCUGAGCGGCUUGAGGCUCAUCGAGAGCUCCCAGGACAACGGCCUCAGGAUGACCGCCAGACUGAGGGAGCUGGAGGUGAAGGACCUGCUCUCUCUUACCAGGUUCUUUGGUUUCAGCUCAGAGACCUUCUCACUGGCCAUCAGCUUGUUGGAUCGAUUCCUCUCCGUAAUGAAGAUUCAACCAAAGCACCUGUCCUGCGUGGGCCUGUGUUGCUUCUACAUCGGCGUGAAGUCCACGGAAGAGGAGAAGAACGUGCCUCUAGCCAACGAGCUGAUCCGCAUCAGUCAGAAUCGCUUUACAGUGUCUGACAUGAUGAGGAUGGAGAAGAUCAUCAUGGAGAAGCUCUACUGGAAGGUGAAGGCCCCCACAGCCCUCCGCUUUCUCCGCCUCUUUCACAGCCACAUCCAGGAGCAGCUGGACGCUGAGAGCAAGGACGUACUGAGCCUAGAGAGACUGGAGGCUCAGCUGAAAGCCUGUCACUGCUCAUUUGCCUUCUCCAAAAUAAAGCCAUCUCUGCUUGCCAUGGCUCUCCUGUGUUACGAGGCCCGGGAAGAACACGACCCUGACAACAUUGACCAAAUAGCAGGGGCCCUACAAAGUCUGCAGAAGAAGCUGAAUAUCAGAGACGAGGGCCUGGUCUGUGUGCGGGAGCUGGUUGGAAAAUGCCUGGCUGAAUAUGCCACCACCAGGUGCUCCAAGCCGAAUGUCCAGAGACUUCGCUGGACUAUCUCGGGAAGAACUGCACGUCAGCUGAAGCACAGCUACUACAAGAUCACUCAUCUUCCCACCAUACCCGAGACAGCUUGUUAAACCUGGGGGUACGAGCGGGGUGACCUUACGUGCAUAGAAAAAUUACAACUGUCCCCAAAUUAUCUUUGGGUGACUUCUCUUGCAGUAUGGUCACCCACGUACAGCUCCAGUUAUUUUCCUUACAGACCUUCAUCGUUGAUGAUGGAUUUCUUUAAGGAAAAGACAAAAAUCAACUUAGUUUUCCAUCACACAUUGAUCAAGCACACUGUAUUCACAUCUGCCCCAAUGACGAGGAGUAAUGCUUCGUCAGAAGGGUUUAUCUACUGCCAUCCUGCAAAGUUUUACUUUCCUGGUUGAGUUGCUUGCACAAGUGUACGGUAUGUUCUUGUAAAAAAAAUCCGUUCCACGGUGUUUGGUAUUUCCUGGAACGGGUUGCUAGUUUUAAGCUAAUAAGUAUAGAACCACCUAGGUCCUCAGUCCACCAUGUGGAAGAGGAGGGAGAAGGAUUUUGUGAACAGCAAAAAUGGAAACCAAGAAAUCGGGCCCGAAAUCCUUAACUCUCACCCUAGGUUGCUAAACUGUCCUGAUUGCACACUCCUACCCAAGGUGAUGAUUUUUUGUUAUUUUGAUACGGCGAGGGAACUCUGGUUUUCUCCAGUGAAGCGAGGCUACUGACGAUCCCGUCAUGUAUGGCUGACCAUACUGUUUGAGCUGAAAUGCCAUCAGUGGUUACAGAUGAGUUGUUUUCAAUACUUAAUUAGUGUACACAGAGUGAAGUACCACAUAUAUUAAUUGGUUUCAGUUGUCAAUUAUGCAGAGAACACUACAAAAAAAGGCCAUUGCAGUGGAAAUGUGGAUUGGAAUUUGUAUUGCAUUUUCUUUUUCAGUUUCCCUGUUGAGUAGAAGUUUCUUUUAGUGACAAAAAUAAAAAUGUGUUCUCUUCUCAAAUUCAAAAUGGCUAAUUGAAUACACCAUCUUGUUAACCUAUGUACUUGUACCUUUCAAUAAAACCUUAUUGAAAAGCCA